UGGAUCAUUUCAAAAUGUUCAACCUCGAUGCUCUGUUCAUCAUUAGAAAUGCUCCUGGAAGAAGUCCGUACAAUCGGGUUGAAAGACGCAUGGCUCCUCUAAGUCGAGAGCUUGCUGGUUUGAUACUUCCUCACGACCACUUUGGUUCACAUCUUAAUAGUAGUGGUGAAGUAAUAAACAAACAACUUGAACUGCAAAAUUUUCAAUUUGCUGGGGAGACUAGCAGCGGUCUGGAGCAAAAUGGUAAUUGACGGGUACCCAGUUGUCACAGAAUACGUGGGCCCAAAUUGUGAAGCUGAAACUCCAAGUAUUGUAUCAGCCGAAUGGUACAGUGAGCAUGUGAAGGAGAGUCAGUACUUUCUACAGAUAGUGAAAUGUGCUGACAGACAAUGCUGUGGAGAAUGGAGGAGUAACAUAAAGGACGUUCUUUCAGUGAGUGACGGUUUUUUACCACCUCCUUUCCCAUUGCGCAGGACGGAUGAAGGAAAACUUUUCAUUCCUGACCUAGAUGACAUUAAAGAAGAUGACAGUUUUCCUGAUCUUUUUCUUCGUCAAUCUAUUGGAAUCAAACCUGUCACUGCAAUGGGAAUUAAUAUUCCUUACGAUUAUUACUGCCCUUCAGUGCGGUAUGAGAUUGAAGAACCCGUGGUAGAAUGGAUUGAGGAAAACGACGUGGAAGUAGGCGUACAUGAUGUACCCGAAAUUCAGUCAAACGAAAAUGUUUUUCCCGUAAUAACCAAUUUACAUGAUUGGUUAAAGUUGCCAUUUGAUUCCGAAGAUCUCUAA